UUGUACAACCGAGUUCCUCCAUACUCUAUACUCUGCACUCUACACUCUACACAAUCAACCAGCCCUUCCUGUGUCGUCCGCCCAGCCAGUUCCCUACACACUGCUACCUUUGCGCCACACAGGAUUUCACCAUGUCAUCUCAACAGCGUGAGCUUGAGAGCCGCAUAAAGGCCCUCCACAAGGCCCAGGCCGAGAAAUCCCCGGCUGCUUCCAUCAUCUCACUCCUGGAGGGUCUUAAGAAGGAUGUUCGUCCCACUGAGGAGAUGUUGCGGACUACCAAGGCUGGUCUUGUUGUGGGAAAGCUCAGAGGACAUGCGAAUAAGGAUAUAGGAAAAGCCGCCAAUGAGGUUGUUGCGAAGUGGAGAAAAAUUGUUGAAGAAGAGAAGAAGGCGAAGGGCCUGCAGGCACCUGGUGGACGACCCCGCGACUCUGCCUCUCCCGCCAGCAAGGCUGCCUCCCCGGCUCCCAAACCCGUUCCCAGCGGUGGCAGUAAGAAAGCUUAUGAAGGCAACAUCGAGACCCGCAAGUUCACCACCGACAAUGUGGACAUCAAGCGUACCGACUCUCAGAUCCGCAAUAACUGCAUCGGCGUUCUGUACAACGGUUUAGCCUACAGGUCGACGGAACCCGAGGAUACGGUGCUGAUCAAGGCGAUGGCUGUGGAGGCUGCAGCGUUCAAGGCGUACAAGGGCGAGACUCAGGCCUACAAGGAGAAGGUCCGGUCACUGUUCCAGAAUCUCAAAGUGAAGAAUAAUUCGGACCUAGGACGCAAUGUUAUGUCCGGUGCCAUUCUUCCCGAGAAAUUCGUCGUCAUGACAUCCAAGCAGCUUCAAUCUGCCGAGCAGCGAAAGUUGGAUGCUGAACUUGAAGAGGAGAACAUGAAGAAGGCCCAAGUCCCCAUGGUCGAGAAGAGUAUCAGUGAUUCCAUCGAGUGUAGUGGUUGUAAGAAGAAGAUGGUCAGCUACACCCAGGCUCAGACCCGCAGUGCUGAUGAGCCGAUGACCACUUUCUGCGAAUGCAUGAACUGUGGAAAGCAUUGGAAAUUCUCUUGAUUUAUACCCUCUUCUAUUGGUUCUGUCUUUGUAAGACAACCACUCUUUUGCAAUGAUUCAUGAGGUUCUUGUCGGGAAACCCCGUCACAUACGACAGGCGUUUGGUUUCCUUGUGGAGAGCAAUGUCUUCUCCAGGUAAGAAAGACUUUUUCAUGGGGCAUUUAUGGCCUUGUAGGAGCACAGGUCGAGAGGAU